AUGCCGUCGCUCCUGGCCUCAGUGUUCUCCUCCCGCACCUCGAUUUUCGCCUCUGCCUUUCUUCUGCGGGCCAUCCUCCUAGUUUAUGGGAUAUAUCAGGACUCAGUCUCCGCCAUAAAAUACACAGACAUCGACUACUACGUCUUUACAGAUGCAGCGCGGGCCGUCACCUGGCGUUCUUCGCCCUACGACCGCGCAACGUACCGCUAUACUCCUCUGCUUUCCUGGAUCCUUCUCCCCACCAGUUGGGGAGGGCUCUGGUUCCAUUUUGGCAAAGUGCUGUUUGCACUGUCUGAUUUGAUUGCUGGAUGGCUCAUCCUAAUGGUCUUGAAGAGACGGGGGUUGCAAGAGGGAAAAGCGUUGAAAUAUGCCAGUGUAUGGCUCCUAAAUCCGAUGGUCGCGAACAUCAGUACUCGUGGAAGCAGCGAGGGGUUUCUUUGUGUCCUGGUCAUGGCACUCUUAUGGGCCUUUGAGACAGGGAAGAUCACCCUGUCGGGAAUCCUGCUGGGCUUGUGUGUGCAUUUCAAGAUAUACCCUUUCAUCUACGGGGCCAGCAUGCUGUGGGCGCUCGAGACCAGAUCCUCUACCUCAACCAGCACGACAUUACAGAGCGUGCUCAAGUUCUUCAACACAAACCGCAUCUUGUUCAUCUCUGCAUCGCUUCUCACAUUCGCAGCUCUCAAUGUUCUCAUGUACAAUAUCUACGGCCCACCGUUUCUCCAGCACACUUUUCUCCACCAUCUGACGCGAAUCGACCAUCGCCACAACUUUUCCCCAUAUAAUACACUACUCUACCUCUCGUCCGCCCAGCAAGCGGUCCCUUCUCUUGCGGGUGCAUCGGCAGCAUUAUCUUUAGAAUCUCUGGCAUUUGUGCCACAACUGCUGCUUUCCGCUUUUCUCAUCCCCGUUGGAAUGGCCAAACGAGACCUGCCAGCGACGAUGCUUGCACAGACCCUGGCCUUUGUCACGUUCAACAAAGUCUGCACUUCCCAGUACUUUCUGUGGUACCUCAUCUUCUUGCCGCUGUACAUUCCGAAUUCAUCGCUUACUGCACGGCCAGCACUUGGUGCAACUGCCCUGGCACUCUGGGUAUUGGGUCAGGCUGCAUGGUUACAGCAGGGCUACCAGCUUGAGUUUUUGGGUAGGAGCACGUUUGUCCCCGGCUUGUUUGCAGCAAGCCUGGGCUUCUUCGCGAUCAACUGUGGGAUACUCGGGAUCGUGGUGGAAGACGUGGCUAUAAGCCCGGUUAUGAAUGUGGUAGCGGGAUCACGACCAUCAGUUUCAGUCUCGGCUUCAGCCUCGGGUUCUAAACCAACGUCAAAGACCGAGACGAAUGCGGUUUCACAAAGGAGCACGGAUGGCCCAAGAUCUAGCAGACCGCGAGGCAACAGCGUCCUAGACAUAAGUGAUAUCACUAGUGUCCAUCUAGGCCCGCGAAACCGGGUGUUGAAGAGCAACUAA